UUUAUUUACGAAACUAAACUCAGUCUCAUUCAGCAAAAACCAAAUUCUCAGCGCAAGUGGCGGGAAAACAUACAAGUUGUACACCAGCGCCAGUUAGCUGGACAAAGGCAAGCGGUUCUCUGGAGAUUCCAAAAACAACAUGUCGCAAUCCUUCGUGCAACUAACCACCGAACAACUGCAGUCACUGCUCGAUUCGGUACGUUUAGCAGCCGUUGCCGCGGCCAAUUGUGCCGCCCCAGCAAUAGUGAAAAUGAAGGGCACCUUCGUGUAUUGCAAUAGUCGCCUCGGUGAUCAACAUGAUUAUGAUUAUGUUCAGGAGUUUAUAUCAGCGGUACUCGCCUACAAAGAUAUGGAAUCGAUCAGCGACGAGGACGCGCUGAAAAGUAUUGCAAUUCUUUUCUACAGUGAGGCAGCGAUAUGGUGGCAAGGUGUGCGUAAAGAGGUACAAACUUGGAAUGAGGCCAUCGCAUUGAUUCGUGAACACUAUGCGCCUGCAAAGGACGCUUACCAAAUUUAUAUGGAGAUUUUCGAAGAAAAACAGGAUGAUGUAAUCAAGAUGAGUACCUUUGUGAGUCGAAAGCGUGCACUACUCGCACAAUUGCCAGAGAAUCGUCACGACGAGGAGACGCAGUUGGACAUGGUCUAUGCUUUGCUGAAUAUCAAAUAUCGCCGCGGGUUAUUACGACAGGAUAUUCGUACAUUUCGCGAAUUGCUCGGACGUGGACGUAUUAUUGAACACAACUUUAGUCAAUCCGAAAAAGAGGAGCAGAAUAUUAAAAAACACACAAAAUACUGAAAAAAAUGUUCCUUACGGGAAUACGGUUCGGCAACCAAAUUAGAAUAAAUAAUUUUUUUUUUAAGAAUUUGGACUUCGCUUUUGUUAAAUCGAUAUAUUUCUGUUGAAAACAAUCAUAAUGUGGGUAUCACUUCAUUAAAAAAGAAAAAACAAAUCGAUAAAUUUCUCGAUCUCAUAAUCGAUAUUCCUAUCAACAAAUUAAUCGGUUUUAUCACAUAUUUUUCUUUUUUGUGGCCUUUUUGUUCAUCAAUCGUUUUCGUCAAGCUCAACUAAUGGUAGGACUAAAAG